AUGGCAUUUAAAGGGUUUGUCUUGUCUCUAGUUAUGGUUCUAGUGAUCAACAUGAUGAGUCAAAAUGCAGCCCAAUCAGGUUGCACUACUACACUCACUAGCUUGAGUCCUUGUCUAAACUACAUCAUGGGGAGUUCUUCAACUCCAUCAACUUCAUGUUGCUCACAGCUUUCAAGUGUUGUCCAGUCUUCUCCACAGUGUCUGUGCUCUUUGUUUAAUGGCGGUGCUUCGUCUUUUGGAAUCACCAUAAAUCAAACUCUUGCUUUGUCUCUUCCUGGUGCUUGUAAAGUUCAAACUCCACCUGUUAACCAGUGCAAAGGGCAAACAUCUCCUUCAAGUUCAACUUCUCCUGUGGCCUCUCCCUUUGGUUCUCCAACUGAUUCUUCACCUGAAGGCUCAAAAACACCUUCUGCUUCAGACUUUCCUUCAGGUGGAGGAUCAAAAAGUGUCCCAUCAGGCUCAUCUAAUGGAAACUCUAGUAAAGUCUCGUUCCACUUUGUUCUUUCUCUUCUCACCAUUGUGUUUUGUGUUGUCAGCAAGUUCUGA